CGCUGCACUUGGGUGAACCCUUUGCAGAAGAUGGAAGAGGAAGAGGAGCUGGGGGAGGAGGAAGAGAAAGCAGAUGAGGGGAUAGAGGAGGUGGAGCAGGAGGUCGGGCCCCCGCUGCUGACCCCGCUCUCAGAAGAUGCAGAAAUCAUGCACAUGUCACCGUGGACAGCCCGCCUGUCCUGCAGCCUCUGCCCGCAGUACUCCGUGGCCGUCGUGCGUUCCAAUCUUUGGCCAGGGGCCUAUGCCUACGCCAGUGGCAAGAAGUUUGAGAACAUCUACAUUGGCUGGGGCCACAAGUACAGUCCUGAGAACUUCAACCCACCCCUGCCAGCCCCCAUUCAGCACGAGUACCCCAGCAGCCCAGACGUCUUGGAAAUGACUGACCCCACGGUGGAGGAGGAGCAGGCCCUCAAGGCAGCCCAGGAGCAGGCCCUGGCAGCCUCGGAGGAAGAGGAGGAAGAUGAGGAGGAAGAUGAGGAUGAGGACCUGGAGGACUGAAGGGGACCCCCUAGCCCCCUCUCCCAAGCAGGUAGAUAGCAGCUUUUCCCUCAUGCAUAGUGAGGGAUGGGUUGUUUUGUUCACAGUUGGUUUGCCUGGAGGGCAGGGGUAGAAGAAGAAGGUAACUGCUCUAAAUAAAAUUUCCCCACGGCA